CUUCUCUCGUGCGCCUUGUUCAAGAAUCUUGAAUUGCGUGCCGCUGAAGCAUGACGUCACGUGACCCUCAAGUGUCAGUGCGCGUAGUUGAGUCCACCUCGCUGCGCGCGCUGCUGCUGCUGCUGCUGCUGCUGCUUGUGCACCCAAACAUAUGCUGUGAGAAUGCAGCCAGAUAUUCCCUCGAGAUCCCUCGGCUCUACAUCGACCUGUCCAAGAUCCCUCGCUCGCGCUCCCGCAACCCUCGAACCGAUUCAGCAUGUGCUUUUCCCGCUCUGCGCCGGGCGCUCCACCCAUGGGCGGCUUUUGGUUGGAGGACUUGCGAUGAACCCUCCUCUACUCCAAUCAAAAUGUCUUCCGCCUCUCGACAGCGCGCGCCUCCUGCAUGACCGUAUCUUAGUGUCGAAUGAGAUUGUUGUAGUACAUUGGCAAAGAUGAAAGUACAGACGAGUCAGAGCCAAAUGAAGCUCACAUAUUCCCAGUCGACGGAUCAUUCGCAGCCGUCAAAAGCCCACGUGUAGCCUCUCGCAAUA